AUGUUUUCAACAGUUGAGAUUGUCACGAUCAUAUCGGGCACUUGCAACAUUUCUCAGGCCUGUUGGCCUCAUGUGCAGCCUCGGAUCCGUCAUCUUCGUCGUAUUCUUGUACGCAAUCUGUCCAUCCACAACCAUGGCAACACCACCGUCAAUGAUAUGCAUGCUGUAGGAAACCGGGCAACUCCCGCCAGGAUUGAUCAUGUCACUCAUCCUACUAUUGGUGUUGAUGGAACAUGCUCUGUAUUGAAUGCAUCUACUGGAUCCCCUCAGACUCCGACAAUCAUGACAAUCGUACCUUCUAGCAGCUUUCUUGCUUCAAAUCACUCACAUUUGGCUUCACAAAAGCUUCCUUUUGAAACUACAAACUCUACAGAUAUCGAGUUUACUAAGCUAGAGUCUAAUCAUCAACCCAAUUCAACCAGCAUUGGAUCACUGUUGCAUCCACCCUUGUUUUUGGAUUCGUCUCGAGUGUCGUCACUUUCCGCUGCACAUGCUUUGGACUCUGCUGCUUUAUCCGCCUCCCAUCAUGAUCAACAUACUACUUUAAUCAGAUCUCACUUUUCGUCCAAUACUUCAAAACAAAUUCCAUCAGAUUCAAAUAACGAUACUCAAAGCAUGCCUGACAUAUCCUGCUCAAUCCAAUCCCAAACACUGUCUUUACCUCCUAUACAGUCAUCUAUAGAUGCGCGUUCAGAUACUUCACAUCAGCUUUUAACAAGACGAUUGAAUACACUGAGAUUUUCUGAAAUGUCUACAAGUAUGAAAUCUUCUGCUUCAUCGUUUAGUGUGCAUCAGAUGUUUCAGGAGCAUUUAUCCAUGGUUGUCCAUGCUCCGUGUCAUGAAUUAUGCUGUAGCUAUUUUACACUGGCAGAAAAUUCGUAUACUCUUCCGUUUUAUACUAGCGAGUGGAUCGACUUGUGUAAUAACCCUUCUUGGGAUGUUUUGUUGGAUAGUAUAUCCAUGUCCUAUUUACAUCAGUGUUUGCCUCGAUUUAUGCUUUCGUUGUAUUUUAAUUUGACCAGAAAUCCAGCUGCUGUUUCAGUGAUUUCGCAAUGGAUUGAUCUGGCCAACAUGUCAUUUGUUUGCAAAGAUCCCAACACAAUUUUGAUAGAGUUGGAAAAUGGGUUUUAUAUGCCUCGCACUUCUGUUACAAAUGACUGUCCCCCUGUCAAAUCUGUUGAUCUCAAAGUACAGCUUACAAAAGUCAAACCAAACAAGGUUUAUGCAUCUUAUAAAUACGCACAGAUCAAAAGAAUCAUAGGAUUGCAGCGACAGAUUACAAAAGUACAGGCAUCUACCAAUACAAUUUUGGUCGAAUCUGCUGCUCAUUUUGCCAAACUAGAGGUUGUAGAGACUGUGGCUAAUGAGGCCGAUGCUAUUCGAAUUAGAAUCAAUGUUACUGAAAAUGCAAUCAUGGAGCAAACACGGGAAUUACAAAAUCGCAGUUUAAGAUUGAACGAAAUUCGUCAAAUCGUGAAUGAACGGCAAAUGCAAUUAAGUCAACUUCAAGUGGAAAGGGAUGAAGAAGUCAAAUGUUUUCUGCGUGCUCGUGAUGGGCUUGCACUCACCAGGCUAGAGAUGUCAUGUAUUUUAAGUCGAGUUUCCAAGCUUCAAAAAAGUCUGACGCAUGAUCUUAAGACCAUGUUUCCUAUUACCGAGACCGAUUGCCCAUGCAUACGAGGCAUAAAACUUCCCAAUUCAAACUUCACUGGACAUGAUGAUGAGCGCAUUGCAACAGCCUUGGGUUUUACAGCCCACUUCAUUACACUUUUGGCGUACUACCUUGAUGUACCAUUACGUUAUUAUAUGAUGCCAAUUUCUUCACGGUCAACUGUAUGGGAUGUUGUAUCGCAGCAAUUUCAAGGAAGAUCUGAACGUAUCCGGUUCGAGUAUGCCGUGUUUUUAAUUAACAAGAAUGUAGAACAGCUGUUGAAUUUUGUUGGAAAACCGGUCAAGAAUUUACGAAACACACUCCCUAAUUUAAAAUUACUUUGUGAUACAAUCGAGUCUUGGCAUGAGCUCAACGACGAAACACUCGAGUCCAAUAUUGUGAACUGGGAAGGAAUAACAGGAUCCAACCCAAACAGAAAUGCGAUUGACAACAUUAGUGUUUUAGGUUCAGCUUUGGAGAGCGAAAUUGAAAUCCCAUUUGUAUCUCAGUCUAAUGUACAUCCAGUGAAUGACAGAUCAAAUGUGUCAACGUCGAUUUUGCCCAUCACGUCUGCUUUAAAUACAGACACGGACUUGCAAAAGAGUGGCAAUCCCAACAUGACGACUCAACCCAAAAACGUUUUUGCAAAUGAUAAACGCCUGCAUUCGCAAGCUCAGAUCCCAUCCACAAGCUCAUCACUGCUUACACAUUUUCCAGUCCGCUCAUUGGAUGUAUCAAAAGAGAAUCCUGCUUCUGUUUCUACAAGUGGCAAUGACACACAUAACCAGAACGGUGUUAGUGCCCAUAGAAAUAGCGUCAUGAAUGAUAAUCAUAAUAUCGAUUCAGUGAGCCUAAAUCCCUCAUCUUCAAGUCAAUCACCUCAAAGACGACUUCCUGAAAAUGUUAAACUUGGACAACUUUCAAGCGCACCAAGAAUUUCUUUGGUCUCACAGCUCAUGUGGGGAGCAUCAGAAAUGAUUACACCACCGCUGAUGGGAGAUGGAUUAUCGGAUUGA